AUGUACCCUUGGCAUGCAAAACUCGCCUCCUGGGCAGAGGGGACAGGACUUCACAUCGAUGCCCUCGGCCUCGUUACGCUCCUCGGGGCGGAAGAAAUGGAUCGCAGCAUUGGAAGACUCGUCCCAAGCCUAUAUCUCGAUUUCCUUCCUUUGCUAGGAGCAUUUGUGGUGGCAGGAAACAGGUUCACUGAAAAGAAGUCCGGUUUCGCUUUGUACAACAUCUCAGAGGGUAUUAUGACUACCGAACUUGCUGGGUGGUUCUCCAGAUGGCUUCAAGGACAAGAAUUGCAUCGAGUUCGCAGUGUGGUCAACUGGGAAGUUGAUGAUCGACCUCCCAGAUGGAGUUCGUUUCUGAUCGGUUUACUUCUCAUCAGUGUUCCCGCUCAUGGGUCACUCAUUGCGCUCACUGUGUUGGCGGCAGAUUGGUGGGGCUUUGCAAAUGUCAUGGCGAUGAUAAUUUCGGUGAUUGUCAGGUAUAUUCAGGUCGCACAAAACCAAGCCGGUAUUGAUGAAAAUCUCAAAGAAGCUCAGGAGGAGGCCCAAAGAUACAACUAUCGGCAAAAGCUCGAGAUCUAUGAGGCGGCAAUGGCACGCCACGAAGAACUACGUCAGAAGGGAACAGUCAGCGAAGACACAAAACUGCCAGUGGAGCCCAAAGAUCCAUAUGCAAUUGCCAAAGUGAUCGUAAUUACUGGGGACUCGAAAGCCGUGACUAUUGCUGCGCCGAGAUAUCUUGUCAAGCACGCCUUUACGGCCAGCCCACAAGUUCCGAAGCAUGUCCUCUACACGGCAUGCCAAUGGAUUGGCUGGGCUGCAUUCGCGGUACAUGUUAUUAGCAUUGGCAUGGCGGGACUUUACACUCAGAUCUUCUCGGUAGUCAUCAUCCUUGUUGCUACCGUUCUAACGGCGCAUAAGGUUGGCUGCGAGGAUUCAAGAUUAUGGCCUCCUCUUCGCGGCAAACUCGGACAUGGCGUGGACGAGGACCUGGGAUAUAGCUGUUGGGUUAGCUCCAGAUUGAAGGCCACCCUAUCAUCCUACCCAGCGUCCUACGCUAAUUGGAGUGGUAUGCACCCAGAACGCAAACUUCCCAGUGUGCAGGAAAAAGAUGAGCCGAGGGCAGUCUCGAGAUGGGGCCGAAGAAACCCGACCGACAUAGAAUCGUCUACGUCCAAGCCAGAGGUUUCACCCAGAAUACCAGAGAGCCGACAAGACCUAUACGCCUGGCUAGACUUGACAGCACAAGAAGAUAGCCAUCUCAACUUUUGGGGUCUCAUCCCCCACAACCAGGAGUGGAAGAAUCUGUAUCUGGAAAAGAAAGCUAAGCACCGCAGGCGGAUGAGCGGGUGUUGUUAG